UCCCAAGCGCUCUCGGCCUGGAGUCGUCCUUCGAUCGCCCCCCCUCCCUCCCCCCGGGGCGCGGUGACUAAGUUUGGCCCCUGCUCCAUCCCCCACCCCGGCCAUGCGGAGGCUGCUAUCAACUCUCCGAUUCCAUCACGCCCGGCUAUUGGCGGCGGCUGCCGAGCUCCCCGCCCCGGGACAUAGGGCACCGCCGCCUGGCUGGGGGGAGCGGCGGGCAGCGGCAGCCGCUUGGGUGUUGGGCUCGGGCCGCUCCAUGGCGCAGUGCGGGGACGGCGCAGCGCCCCCACCCUCCCCGGAGGAGGCGCAGGGGUCGGGGUCAGCCGCCGGGGACCCUCCCCCCAGAGCCGGCGAGUCCCUGGAACAUGAUGGGCUGGAAAAUGUGCAGCAAAAAAAUAUCAUUCAAAAGAAAAAGAAAAAGAAAAAGAAAAAAACAAAAAUAAGAAAAGGGUCACAAACUCCUCCUGACUCUAUGGAUUAUUUGAUGGCAGAAAUACCAUUUGCCAGUACAGAUACUGGAGAUGAAUUUGGCAUUACUAGUACAUUUGAAAUAUAUUUUAAAAAGAGGAGAAAAAGAACUACUAGAAGGAAGACUGAAGAAGACGAUCAAACAAAGAAGAAAAAGCAAUAUCAGCCAAACUAUUUCAUCUCUCUUCCAAUUACAAACCCAGAGAUUACAAGAGGUAUUCAGGCUGUCCAAGAUAUAGUUGUACAAAAGGAUCACAGACUUUCCCAAGCAAUGAGUCGUUAUGGCUCCUUACAUGUCACGCUGUUAGUGAUGCAUUUAUCCAAUGAAGAAGAAGUUGGCACAGCAGUUGGUGCUCUUUUAGAAAGCAAAGAUGCAGUAGAAGAACUCCUACAAGGAAAACAUUUGGAUUUAUCAUUUCAAGGAAUUGAUGAUUUUAGAAAUGAAGUUGUAUUUGUGAAGUUUGCAGCGAGUCAUCAUACAGCCGCGCUUACGGAGAUAUCAGAGACCAUGAAGAAGAUAUUUCAAGAAAAGGGCAUCUUGGCAGGAGAAAACAGAGCUUUUAAACCUCACUUGACCUUCAUGAAGCUGUCAAAAUCACCAGAGCUACGUAAGCAGGUGAAAAAAAUUGACCCGCACCUGUAUGAGAAUUUUAAAAGCCACUAUUUUGGAGAUGAAACCCUGUACCGCCUAGAUCUUUGCUCCAUGUUGAAAAAAAAGCAACCCAAUGGCUACUAUCACUGUGAGUCCUCUAUCACGGUUGUGUCCUAUACCCCUCACAAACAGGAUUCAGACUGAGACAUGGUGCAGAGAUGAUCUUGGUGGCGCUGAUGAAUGACCUCCUCAUGGCUAUGGACAAGAGACAAAUAGUGAUACUUGUGGGCCUAUCAUGUCUGAGUGGGAGUCUGAAUUUUCACUCCUAUGUUUGAGUGGGUUGGAAGUUAGACAUUUUGUCCAUCCUUAAACAAAAUUUCUUUUGUUGUUGUUAAUUUGACACUUUUUCAACAAGUUGACUCGUGUCAAAUCCUCUGCUGAUAAAGGGCCUUGUAGAGUUCACUGUGCUGCUACAAGAUGUGGGUGCACAGUUGUGCUCCAGAUGUAUUUUGCUAUAUAACCAUGUGAAUUGAUACUAUAUAACAAUUUUGCACAUAGUUCUCAAAUACACAUUGAGAGGCUUCUGCAACUAGUGGGCUGAAUCACAAAUUUAUGUUGGUAAUCUGAAAAUUUUUAGAAGGAAAAAAUAGAACUAUUAGUAUUGUCCUGAAUUACAUCUUACUGUAUUUCAAAUAUGGCCUUUAAUUAAUUUGUUAAAAAGAUAUUUUAGUCACUGGGGGGGGAGGGGGAAUCUAAAAUUUCCCCAUUGCAAUUCCUUGAUUAUUUUCUGAUUUCAGAUUUUUCCUUCCCCGCCAACUGCAUCCGUGUUCCUUAGCAUUUUGUUUUUUUUCACAGCAAUACCCACAAACUGAACACUUAAUUGCCUUAUGUAGAAAACACAAGCAAAUAAUUAUUUAUUAGUGAGGCUUUAACAUUACAAUCAAAAUAUCCAGUCCAACCACCCAUUGAAGACAACGGAGGUUUUUCCAUGGACUUCAGUGGGUGGUGGAUUGGGCUCAAAGCGAACAAAAGCAGCAUGCGGCCUUCCCAGGUUAUGCAAAAUAUUGCUGGUGCGUUAUGGUGUAGUGAAUGGAAGACAUAGAAAAAGUGGCCUAUAUUGGAUAAAGAGGCAAGAUUAUUUCUCUAGAAGGCAGCUUUGUAAUAUAAAUAUCUGUGGUGAACGUUGACUGUACAUAUGUAAUUUAAUGUGGCAAGAAUCAGGUUCUCUUUUAAAAAGGGCAUAGUUAAAAUACUGUAUACAUUUGUAUUGCUGAGUUAAGUGUCAGCUGAAUUGUAUUUUUUCCUUACAGUGAACCUUUAUAUGAAUUUUCUUAAAACACUUUACAAUAAAAAAAAUCAAACCUUUUAAUUUGUACAUUUUUGUACUGCAUCUUUUCACCAAAAUAAUUCAGUUUUGUAGUAUUUCCAAGAGUGUUCAUUUCAAUGUGUUUUUGAAUAAUGGGGGAGGAUAGAGUGAAAGAAGUCAAUCAUUAAUUCUUGCAGGUUUAACCAUAGGGUGUAUUAUUCUACUACUCUAGACCAAGCGUAAGGAACAUACAAACAACCAACCACAAAAAACCCACCACAGCCUGUGUAUUUCAGGGUUGUCAUGUGGAUGAUUUGCAAAGAUUUCCCACAUUUCUUCAUUUAAAAAAAAUUAAGAAUUCUUGGCAACAUCCUCAAUCAGUAGGUGUUCCCAACACACCUACUAUUUGAUACUAACCUUCCUUAUGGGCUUGGAGACCUGGUUGGAUUGUAGAUCCUGGGGGCCGAAAUUCUUUUACUUCCCAUAAAAAGCAGAUUUCCUACAUCUUCCCCACCCUCUUAUGUAAAUACCACCACCAGUAUCCUCAAGAAGAGCUUAAGCUCUUUGGAUCAGCUAGACAGUAUUCUGGAACAGCAGAAGCUUCUUUCUACUUAGAAACUGAGUGCUUUUAAUGAUCUCUUAGCCUCGUUCAGCUCAUGAAAAGAGAGAUACUCCAAGACUCAAAACUGAGAUUUCUGCUUGAUGGAGCCUAGUACUACUACUUUUGCACUGAACUGGCACUAGCUUUUGUUCUUAGUGUUCUUACACAGAAGGUGACAGAUCAGUGUCAACCAGUAUCUACCUCUUCCCCAAAUUCUGUCCCUCCAAUUACAGGAAAUUGAUCUUGUCAUACGCCCACUUGGUUCUCAUGAACGAUCCCUAUUUUUGGAAAACUCUCCCCAAGAUACUUGCUAAUAUGCCUUGGGGAUCAUUAGUAUUAAUCAUUCUUUGAUUAGGCUGCCAUUUUAACCUUAUAUGGCAAGAAUUAUUGUAGUUAUGCAGUUAUUAUAAUAUAAAUAGACUAACUGGUGAAAGCCUUGUCUGUUUGCUAAGACUUCUAUCAGAAAUGCCCUUUGCAUUUUUUAAAUCAAUUUUCAAGAAAUGUGAACGCAAAGUAAACUAAAGUCUCAAUCUAGUAAAGCCCUUAAGCAUGUACUUAACUUUAGACAAGUGAGUAUUCCCAUUUUAAUCAAUGGGUCCUGUCUCAUGCUUAAACAUUAAGCAUACGUUUAAUUGCUUUGCUGGAUCAGGGCCUAAAACAUAAGUGGAUAUUAACAAAUUAUCAUUGACUGUGGCUGCCCAAAGUUUAUUCAAGUGGACAUUGAGACUUGAUAUCUACAAACUGUCAAGAAUGUUCAGAAAGAGAAGGGUAAACAGAACUGGGGUUACACAGCUUGUCCUAACAGGACACUUGGCUGUAUGGUAUUGCUUUGUUUAACCAGACUUCUUUCCUGCUUAAUAUGCAGCUACAUGCAGCUGGCUUCCUGAAGAAUUAAGACACUGGGCCCGAUUUUGUGUUCAGUUAUACACUUACAUAGAUGCAGCCCAUCAAUUGUAUCCAUGUUCCAGAGUAUAUUUGGCCCACUGUUUUUCAAUCGGUUGCAGAGCACAACUGAAAAAUAUAUUUCCAUUGUCUGUGUUAUUUCAACAUUACUGUUUUCUUAGUUAGUUUUCUUGAUUAGGAAUAUUUGUUUUCCCUUGUGCAUAAAAUAUUGCAUGUUGUCUUUUUUGGCCCUGUAGAGGAUGAAUGAGACGGGUACACUUAACAUUAGUGUCUCUCUUGCUUUGAUGACUGGUUUCACUUUUGCCCUGUAAUUGUGUAUUAAUAUUCAUGUUUAAUUCACUCGUGCUGUAGAAUAUGGAUCAUGUGUUUUUCCUUUUCUUCUGAUUAGGCUGACAGUAUCUGCUUAAAUAAGACAUUUUUAACUCCCAAACUGAGAUGAAUCUCUAUUAACACAACUUAAUACCUGCUAUGAUUAUUUUAAAACCUCAUGGAUCUCUCUGCUUUCUUUUGUUGCUGGUACUGGAAGAAAGGAAUUCAUAUAGGAACAGUAUCAGGGGGUAGCCGUGUUAGUCUGUAUCCACAAAAAC